AAAGGAAUUAUAAAAUGGAAAGGAUUAGGCAAGUGGUAUUACUGCAGCCAAGGGACUAACACAUAUCCAUGGCUGAAACAAGUCGAAGUAACAUACAAUACAAUUUUUUUCUGGGGAAGAAAAAAGGGGUGCCCUGCGAUAUCCAAAAAAGGUGAGAAAGAUUUCGAAAAAGAAUAAUAAAAGGGUGUGUAUCAUGAUCAACAUGAGAACAGUGUAUGGCAAGUGGCAUCCCACCAGCCACUUACUCUCGCAACACACUAUUACACUGUUGUAUCUUUAUCUUCAACCCUACAUGUCCUCUCUCAUUUAGAGUUCUCUAAAACCACCAGUUUCAGUCGCCGUAUCUUUAUCUUCAUCCCUACAGCUCCUCUCUCUCUCUCUCUUUGCCUUAUUCUCUAAUGCCACCAGUCCCAGUAGUCGUAUCUUUAUCUUCUUCAUGAUAAGUAUGAGACCCCCUCUCUCUCUUCAGGCCGCCACCAGUUCCCACUACUGUAUCUUUGUCUUCAUUUUCACACCUUGUCAAGAUUCUCUCUCUCUUAACUCACCUGUCUCCAUUCUUGAAUCUUUCAUCUUCACCCUCACACAGAGAGUAGGCCGGGUUUAGUAUGUUUUCCUGCGUCUUUAUCUUCAUUCUCACACCACAUAAAGACUUCCCUUUAAUCUGCUCCCACAAGUCUCCAAUUUGCGUUCUUGAAUUUUUUCUUUUCAGGCACGAUCCUCAUGAUCCCUGCUAUAUAUAUAAAGAUCGUAAGGUUCGGGUUCUAUAUAUAUUUAUCUUAUCCCCUUCCAAGUUAUACAUGUUCCAUUGCAUUUCUCUAGCUAUUCAUAUGUGAGCGUUUGCAUGUCUAGUUACAGUUGACAAAAUGGCUGGAACCCUAAGCAGUGUUCAUUUUCAUGCUAUUCCGGAUGUAAUUCUUUCCAAUAUAUUUUCCUUGAUCACUGAUAUUCGUACCCGUAAUUCCAUGUCCCUUGUUUGCGUCAAGUGGCACUUGAUAGAGCGAUCCACUCGCACCUCUCUCACUCUGAGAGGCAAUAUCCGUGACCUCUUUCUCCUCCCAACUUGCUUUCGAGCUGUCACUGAUCUUGACCUCUCUUUCCUCUCCCCUUGGGGCCACCCGAUUUUUGAUUUCUCUUCCAACCCUAAACUUCUUGCUCAGCUUAUCCGUAGGGCUUUUCCCUCUGUUGCUUCUCUCACUGUUUAUGCCAGGAAUCCUUCAACUCUUCAACUUCUUGCUCCCCAAUGGCCUUGUUUAAGCAAGGUUAAGCUCGUUCGCUGGCACCAGAGAUCACCUACGGCUCCGGGUUCUGAAUUUGUUGCACUGUUUGAGCAUAACAGUUCACUUGCUUGGCUUGAUCUGUCCCAUUUCUACUGCUGGACAGAAGAUCUGCCACCAGCCCUCGAAGCAUACCCUUCCAUUGCUGCUUCUCUAACCCAUCUAAAUAUCCUUACCCACUCUUCUGCAGAGGGAUUCAAGUCCCAUGAGCUUCUUGCCAUUUCCGCUGCCGGCCCAAAUCUCCGCGAAUUGCUUGCAACUUGUGUAUUUGAUCAUAGAUUCAUUGGUUUUGUGGGAGAUGAAACCCUGCUAUGUCUUGCUUCAAAUUGUCCUCGCCUUUCCAUUCUUCACCUUGUUGACACUGGUUCCUUAUCUGAUGCCAGGGGUGACCCGGAUGAUGAUGGAUACACUUCUGAGGAUGCUAGAAUCAGCCAUGCUACGCUUGCAGACAUGUUUGCUGGAUUGCCAUUGCUUGAAGAAUUGGUUCUUGAUGUCUGCCACAAUGUCAGGGAUACUUGGCCAGCAGUGGAAGUGCUUAAUUCCAAGUGCCCAAGACUUAAAUCUUUGAAGUUGGGACAAUUUCAUGGAAUCUGUAGGGGAAUAGAUGCUAGGCCGGAUGGGAUUGCUCUUUGCAGCAGAUUAGAAUCAUUGUCAAUCAAGAACUCUGCUGACUUGACUGAUUCUUGCCUGAUAGCGAUCUCCCUUGGCUGUCCAAGACUGGCCAAGUUUGAGGUCCAGGGUUGCAAGAAGAUCACUGAAAUGGGGAUGAAUAAAUUGGCCUCUAUUCUCCAAAAAACAUUGAUUGAUGUGAAAAUCUCUGGUUGCAAGCACCUAAAUGCUGUGUGCUCCUUAAGGGCUCUGGAGCCAAUUCAAGACCAGAUACAACGAUUGCAUAUAGAUUGUGUGUGGGAAAAUGUUGAACAGUUUGGAGGGGGACCUAGCGUUUCAGGUGAAUCUGCUGACCGCAGGUACUUCCCGUCAGAAAAGAGAGGUGGUAUCUGGGAAGAAACAAGCUCAAGGAAGAAAAGCAAGAAUUUCAAUGGUAAUGGAAAUGAGCAUUCUUCUAGGACUUGGGCUCGGCUAGAGUUUCUUUCCCUCUGGAUUCCUGUUGGUGAGUUGUUGACUCCAUUGAAGUUGUCAGGAUUGGAGGAUUGCCCUGUCCUGGAGGAAAUUAAAAUCAAAGUUGAAGGUGAUUGCAGGCAUCGACCAAGGCCUACAAAUGCAUUUGGGUUAAGCACUCUUGCGUGCUAUCAUCGGCUUUGGAAGAUGAGUUUGAACUGUGGAGCUGCAAUAGGGUUUGCCCUGACCGCCCCUUCUGGGCUUGCGGAUUUAAGUCCUUGGGAGAGAUUCUACCUGAAAGGGAUUGGUAACUUGAACCUGACCGAGCUUGAUUAUUGGCCUCCACAGGACACUGAUGUUAAUCAAAGAAGCCUCACUCUCCCAGCAGCUGGAUUGCUGGCUCAGUGUGGGAGGUUAAGGAAGCUAUUUAUUCAUGGCACAGCCAAUGAACAUUUCAUGAUGUUUCUGUUGAAAAUACCAACACUCAGGGAUGUCCAGCUGAGGGAAGAUUAUUACCCUGCACCUGAGAAUGAUACUUGUACAGAGAUGAGAAUAGACUCAUGCUCUCGAUUUGAGGAUGCCUUGAACAGGCGUCGGAUCCCUGAUUAGAGAAUUGGGGGAGCUCUAGAUACUGAACAACCUGCAAUGCUGGAGAACUCUAGAUUAAUAACUGCAAUUCUUUCUCAGGCGAGUGGGAAGUAAAUAAAAUUGAAAGAGCAGUUGUGUUGCAGAUGGAUCAGUAUGCCCCCAUUUGGAGUGUGAAUUAUGGAAAUUUGUAGAUAAAUAAAUGUAAGCUAUUUAGAACUGAAUAAUGAUCUUUGCUUAUUAAAAAAAAAAAAAAAAACUAUUUAGAACUGAAUAA